GCCUCACUAUACCUAAGGGACAGUCUUGGCUCUAGGUUUCACAGGGACGGGGCAGCAGGUUCUGAAGAGCCACCAUUUGUAGUUUUUCUGUGUGUUGGGCUGUCUCACUGAGUCGUUAGAAAGCUCUCUUGCCCAGCGUCACAGGGCAUGGACAAGGCAUAGGUUGGGUCUAGACACAGGCCGCUGGACUCCCGAGCCUGCCUUCUCAGCAGCUGGAAUGGAAGGACAGCAUAGACCACCCAGCAAAUCACACAGGCCUCUUCUGAAGAGCUGAAGGCCGCCUACCGGAGACUGUGCAUGCUCUACCACCCGGACAAGCACAGGGACCCAGAGCUCAAGUCACAGGCGGAACGGCUGUUCAACCUCGCGCACCAGGCUUACGAAGUGCUUAGCGACCCACAAACAAGGGCUAUCUAUGACAUAUACGGGAAGAGAGGCCUGGAGAUGGAGGGAUGGGAGGUGGUGGAAAGAAAGAGAACCCCAGCCGAGAUCAGAGAGGAGUUUGAGAGACUCCAGAGAGAGCGUGAAGAGAGGAGACUGCAGCAGCGAACAAACCCCAAGGGAACCAUCAGCGUCGGAGUGGAUGCCACCGACCUUUUCGAUCGCUAUGACGAGGAAUAUGAAGAUGUUUCCGGAAGUGGCUUCCCACAGAUUGAGAUUAACAAAAUGCACAUAUCCCAGUCCAUUGAGGCACCCUUGACAGCCACAGACACGGCUAUUCUCUCUGGAAGUCUCUCCACCCAGAAUGGCAAUGGCGGCGGCUCCAUUAACUUUGCGCUCCGACGGGUCACGUCUGCCAAGGGAUGGGGAGAGUUGGAGUUUGGAGCUGGAGACCUCCAGGGACCUUUAUUUGGUCUCAAGCUGUUCCGUAAUCUCACACCAAGAUGCUUUGUGACGACAAACUGUGCUCUGCAGUUUUCAUCCCGUGGAAUCCGGCCUGGCCUCACCACUGUCCUCGCUCGGAACCUGGACAAGAACACUGUGGGCUACCUGCAGUGGCGCUGGGGGAUCCAGUCGGCCAUGAACACUAGCAUCGUCCGGGACACUAAGACCUGUCACUUCACUGUGGCCUUGCAGCUGGGGAUCCCUCACUCCUUCGCGCUCAUCAGUUAUCAGCACAAGUUCCAGGACGACGACCAGACACGAGUGAAAGGGUCCCUCAAGGCCGGCUUCUUUGGGACAAUAGUGGAGUAUGGAGCCGAGAGGAAGAUCUCCCGACACAGCGUCCUGGGUGCGGCUGUGAGCAUUGGCGUCCCUCAGGGAGUGUCUCUCAAAGUCAAGCUGAACAGGGCCAGUCAGACCUACUUCUUCCCCAUCCACCUGACAGACCAGCUGCUCCCCAGCGCUGUCUUCUACGCCACCGUGGGGCCACUGGUCGUCUACUUGGUAGUGCACCGGCUGAUCAUCAGACCGUACCUCAGGGCUCAGAAAGAGAAGGAACUGGAAAAGCAGAGAGAGAACACAGCCAGUGACAUCCUGCAGAAGAAGCAAGAGGCAGAGGCCGCUGUUCGGCUGAUGCAGGAAUCUGUCCGGAGAAUAAUCGAAGCAGAGGAGUCCCGAAUGGGGCUCAUCAUUGUGAACGCCUGGUACGGGAAGUUUGUUAAUGACAAGAGCAGGAAGAAGGAGAGGGUGAAGGUGAUUGAUGUGACCGUGCCCCUGCAGUGUCUGGUGAAGGACUCCAAGCUCAUCCUCACCGAGGCCUCCAAGGCCGGGCUGCCCGGGUUCUACGACCCUUGUGUCGGGGAGGAGAAGAGCCUGCGAGUGCUGUACCAGUUCCGAGGUGUGCUCCACCAGGUGAUGGUGCCUGACAGUGAGGCGCUGAGGAUACCAAAGCAGUCUCACAGGAUCGAUACCGACGGGUAAACCGCUUGGGACCCUUGAGGAAAAAGAGGCUACGAAAACCUUUUCUAGGAGGCUACAAAUUUGGAAGCAGGGAAAACCCAGACAUGAGAUGUUUUUAGUUUAUUUCUCCAGAAGGUGGCACUGUAUCAAUUAUGUGAAGGGCCAUGCAGACAGCCUAGCUUCAUGGUGCUGUGGGUGGGACUGAGGAGCCUCUGGCCAGACCACAGCAGGGCCAUGUCUUUCCUGAGGAUCAUGUUCCUGGAGGGCAGGGCCUGAGCUGGCUCGAGGUCACACCCUGGUCUUCCUCAUAAGCGUAAGUGGCUGUGCACAGCGGCUCUCGAGGUAUUUGGAACAUUCUGCCCUCACACAUGGAGCUGCUCUUCCUGAAGCCCCUCUGCUCGUGGGAAACAUGGAAGGAGGAAGGCAUGUGUGCUGCUCGGUAGACUUCCCACAAGCCACCUCUCUCUUCUGAAACGUCACUGAAUGGACUGGAGAGGACUGCGGGUUUAUAAAACUGCUUUUUAUCUGAGAACAACGGGUUUGGAAACUAGUCUCUUUUCUUGCCACUUUACAGAGCUUCUCAAAUCAUUCCUCCAGGCCCUGGCUUGGAACAGAUAGGGGAGACCCCGGGUCCCAAGGUGCACUGCCCAGGCACACUGCCCACAUUCUAAGAGAAGAGGCCCUGCUGCCCCACACAUGACACCUUUCCUACCUUCAGGACACCCUCCUCUAGAGAGUGGUGUUGGAAGGAGGGGACCUUUGUAAGGAGUGGGAGCCAGCUUGAUCAGCCAAAUAUUAGAUGUGGGUGCAAGGCCGUGAGUGCCCAGCAGGUGGCGCCGUUGCCUGCGAGGCCGCACAGGGUCCCUUUAGGGCAUCUGUGCCCGGAUCCCUUUUGGUGCACACUUGCUGGAUGUCACUGCAGGCUCUGCCCUCUGAGUAGGUGGUGCUCCACAGUGGCGCCAACCCUGGCCCUGCAGUGGUAACUGCUGAAGACAGGCAUCGCCUCAGCCCUACUCGAGACCCUUCAGUUUUUAAAAGCAGUUCCAUUCUGUAACUUUUCUUGAUAUUUUAUUGCCCCAGACUGACUGCAGUGUGCACCAUUGCAUGAGCCCUGCCUCAGUGCCCUGUGGCUCCCUGGGCACUACUGCCCCUUCUGUCUGAAGCUGACUAUGGCAGCACUGCCCAACAAUAAAACUGACCUAUAAGCUGA